AUGGCAUGGUUCACAGUCAUCCUUCAGGCUUUUGGCUUUACACCCAGUGGUCCGCUACUAGAAUCAUUCGCGUCUUGGGCUCAGGGCUUGAUAGGCAAUGUUGCACCUAGAAGCCUCUUUGCAAUCUUUCAGAGUGCUGCCAUGGGUGGUUACGGAGUCGAUAUCUUGGGAAGUGUAACCAAUAUGUUUUCUGCCCUCGCAGGUGGCGGCGCAUUUGCACGUUUCGUGUACUCGGCUUUUGGCCAAGCAAGAGAAGCUGGGAACAGCACUUAUACCGGUUGA